GUGCUUGGUUUUCCUCCAGACAGCAUUCCAAAGACGCUGGAGAUGAAUCUCUUGCCUGCAGAGCUUAAAAUUUACUUGGAAUCUGGAAGCUGGAGGAUGCAGAGAAAGCUGUCACUUUUGUGCUACGCUGGCACCCUUGUGGUUUGCAAUCAGCUUGGAGCCUGGACAGUUGUGUCCCAUGUUCGGGGGCAAAUGCUAUCAACAAAGAGACAGUGGAGAUUCCCAAAGGAGGAACAGAUGAUCAGAAACGUCAGGUGUGCUGGGCACUGGAACAAUCAGGGAAAUAACCAGCUGAAAGCAAAAUGACAUCGAACGAAUCUCUCAACUAUGAUAAAGAUUUGGAAGGAGCCCUAGAUAUUGGAAGUUAUGGAGACCCAGAGUCAACCAUAGCUAGCGAUGAACGGCAGAGCCAGCAGACGGAGAAGAGGAGGUCCAAACUGUAUACAUUUAUUAGACGGUCAACAUAUUGGGGGAUCCACGGAUCAUAUAAUCUGGAAAGGAGGAGGCGGAUGGAAGACAGAGGGCAGGCAGGACGAUACAGCGAGAACAGAAAUCAAUUUCAUGAAACCCCUGCCACACAUUUCCCACCUUUGGUUCCAACCUAUAUCCCACCCAGUCGUGGAGUUGAUGAGACGUAUGUGGAGUUACAGGAGUUAAUCAUGGACCAUAACAAAGAAAAGCAUUGGGUGGAGGUAGCCCACUGGUUAAAGACAGAAGAGGACUACAAGGAUGAUCUCAAAAAGUGGAGUCAACCUCAUCUCUCCUACCUCACUUUCCGCAGCCUUCAGAAACUGCCUUCAGUCUUGAAAAAUGGUACAGUGAUCCUUGACCUUGCAGAAAAAACUCUCCCUGGAAUCUGCUGCCAAGUCAUUGAUCAGUUGAUUUAUGAUGAACAUCUAAAGCCUGAUUAUAGAGAGGAGGUAUUGCGGGCACUUCUCCUGCGUCACAGUCAUCCUGAUGAGGGGGACCCUGAGAGUGGACAACCUCUGAUACAUCAGGUAGAGAUGAAAACAAUUCCACCGAAGGCUCCCCUCAAAGAGAAUUUGGCAAAGCAGCUACCAGAGAAUACAGAAGCCUCUUUGGUUUUGGUGGGCUGCACUGACUUUCUGGAGACCCCAACACUUGCUUUCGUACGUCUGAAAGAAGCAGUUCCCCUUGACUCAGUUCUUGAGGUUGAUCUGCCCAUCAGGUUCCUCUUCAUUCUUCUUGGUCCUCAAGACUCCUCCAUCAGCUUCCAUGAAGUGGGAAGGGCUGUGUCCAGCAUGAUGGCUGAGAGAGUCUUCCGUUCUGAUAUGUACCUGGCUGGUGCACGCCAGGAUGUCUUGCAAUCCAUUGAUGACUUCCUGGAUUAUUGCAUAGUUCUUCCUCCCAGUGACACUACCAGUGAGCAAUUACUAAAGGAACUUCUACCAGUUCAACAGAACCUGCUGAGGAAGAGAUAUCGGGAAGUGAAAGUGGUGCCUGGUGGGCACAAAGAUGUAAAACCAAAAGAAGAGCCUGCAGAGGACCCCCUGCAAAGGACAGGCAAGCCAUUUGGUGGCCUUGUACGUGAUAUCAAAAGACGUUACCCUAAGUAUCUCAGUGAUAUUCGUGAUGCCCUUAGCCCACAGUGCCUGGCCGCUGUUAUCUUCAUCUACUUUGCUGCACUGUCACCUGCUAUCACAUUUGGAGGUCUAAUGGCUCAGAAGACACAGAACUGGAUGGGUGUACCUGAACUAAUGGUGUCCACCGCCAUCCAGGGUAUACUCUUCUGCCUCCUGGGUGCCCAGCCCCUCCUCAUUCUUGGUUUCUCUGGACCUCUUCUUGUCUUUGAAGAGGCUUUUUUUACUUUCUGUGAGGGACAAGAUAUUGAGUACAUAGUUGGUCGUGUUUGGAUUGGAUUCUGGCUAAUCCUAAUUGUAGUCAUUGUGGUGGCCUGUGACGGAAGCUUCCUGGUCCGCUUCAUAUCCAGAUUCACACAGGAGAUCUUUUCUUUCCUAAUCUCUCUCAUUUUCAUCUAUGAGACGUUUGCCAAUCUGGCCAAGAUUUUCAAGGCACAUCCUCUACAGGGAUAUUACAAUAAAUCAGCUGUGCUUACCAAUGAAGACCCACAGCCAAACACAGCCCUGCUCUCUCUUGUACUUAUGGUGGGAGCAUUUUUCAUUGCUUUCUUCCUGCGUCAGUUCAAGAACAGCAGCUACUUUCCUGGGAAGCUGCGUCGUAUCAUUGGAGACUUUGGUGUACCCAUAGCCAUCCUAUUAAUGGUUACAGCUGAUUUCUUCAUUAAGGAUACAUAUACAAAGAAACUUGCCCUUCCCAAAGGUCUUAGUGUCUCAAAACCAAGUAAUCGAAGUUGGUUCAUUUCACCAUUGGGGCUAGAUGUCGCUUCCAAACCAUUCCCUAUCUGGAUGAUGUUUGCCUCUGUGGUACCUGCAUUGCUGGUUUUCAUCCUCAUAUUCAUGGAAUCUCAGAUUACCACACUAAUUGUCAGUAAACCAGAGAGGAAAGCAGUGAAGGGGUCUGGAUUUCACUUGGAUCUUCUGUUGAUUGUGGUCAUGGGGGGUGUGUGUGCCCUUUUUGGAUUACCCUGGCUCAGUGCCACUACAGUGCGUACCGUCAGCCAUGCCAAUGCACUUACCAUCAUGUCCAAGGGAGAAAAGCCUCAAAUAGAGCGUGUUAUUGAGCAAAGGAUCAGCGGGCUGCUGGUAGCUCUCCUUGUCGGUCUCUCAAUAUUAAUGGAGCCAGUUCUCUCCCUUAUUCCACUGGCGGUUUUGUUUGGUAUUUUCCUGUACAUGGGUGUAACCUCUCUGAAUGGAAUACAGCUGUAUGAUCGGAUCCUACUAACCCUGAAGCCACCUAAAUAUCACCCAAAGGAGCCCUAUGUGACAAGGGUUAAGACCAGUCGUAUGCAUUUAUUCACAUUGGUGCAGGUGAUCUGUCUUGUAGUGCUGUUUGCUGUGAUGUUCACCCCUGCUUCCCUGGCACUGCCCUUCAUUCUUAUCCUUACUGUGCCAGUCCGUAGGUUCAUCCUUGCUCGUAUGUUCUCCAACCUGGAGCUCCAGUGUUUAGAUGGAGAUAAUGCUAUUGUGAACUUUGAAGAAGAAGAAGGUCAAGAUGUCUACAAUGAAGUCUCAAUGCCUGUUUAAACUGCCAAACAUAAUGCUGCCACCAAAAAAUAGUGUUUAAAAACCUCAACAAAAAAAAAACCUCCAAAGCAACAUACUAAAAGUCCACUUGAAGUCUGUAUAAUCUAAAUUAUCCUAAAAUGCACAUAUGGGGAGAUGAAGCCGAAGAGAGAGAGAGAAAGGGAAUAGAAAUAAAAUUCCAACCAAUCAGCUCCUGUAAUUUUUCAAACACAGCCUGUAAAAUGUAGAUUAGGAGCUGAUUGGUACUUUAUCUCUCUCCACUUUAUCUCACUCCAAGUUUUGAUACAUCUCUCCCAUAUUGUUUAACUGCAAUGGGUUUUCCCUACCUAUGCAAACUAUGACCUUUCUGAACUCUAAUUUCUUUUAAAGAUUUUUUUUUUUACUAACUGUGUGUGCUACCUUACAAUUUUAGCAAUAUGAUACAGAAAAAAAGAAGAAAAAUCCAUGUAUUUUUACACAAAAGAAAAACUUGCCUAUUUUUUUAUUUUAUUUUUUUAGUAUACCUAUCAUGAAGACUUUCUAGUCACUUAAAUGCUCCAGUAAGUAAACCUUUUAGCUUAAAACCUGUACCUGUCAUUUCUGCAGAAUUUAUUUUAUUUUAAUGCUAAUGUGUUUUGCUUAAAAAAAAACUAAGUCUGUAAAUAUGCAUAUUCUGAAAAUAUUUAGAUAGAAAUAAAUAAUAUAUUUUACAACAGUCUGAAAAGAU